AUGCGGCCAUUUACAAAGGGGUGUAUAUUCGUAUCUAUCUAUCUAUCUAUCUAUCUAUCUAUCUCAGUAUAUUCGUAUCUAUCUAUCUAUCUAUCUAUCAGUAUAUUAAUAUGUGUCUAUCAGUAUAUUCAUAUCUAUCUAUCUAUCUAUCUAUCUAUCUAUCUAUCUAUUUAUCUAUCUAUCAUAUAUUCAUAUCUAUCUAUCUAUCUAUCUAUCUAUCUAUCUAUCUAUCUAUCUAUCUAUCUAUCUAUCAGAAUAUUCAUAUCUAUUAUAUUCAUAUCUAUCUAUCUAUCUAUCUAUCUAUCUAUCUAUCUAUCUAUCUAUAUCAAUAUAUUCAUAUCUAUCUAUCUAUCUAUCUAUCUAUAUCAGUAUAUUAAUAUGUGUCUAUCAGUAUAUUCAGUAUCUAUCUAUCUAUCUAUCUAUCUAUCUAUCUAUCUAUCUAUCUAUCUAUCUAUCAGAAUAUUCAUAUAUGUAUCUAAACUUAAUCAUAUCUUUAUAUCUAUAUCAGUAUAUUCAUAUCUAUCUAUCUAUCUAUAUCAGUAUAUUCGUAUCUAUCUAUCUAUCUAUCUAUCUAUCUAUCUAUCUAUCUAUCUAUCUAUCAGAAUAUUCAUAUCUAUGUAUCUAAACUUAAUCAUAUCUUUAUAUCUAUAUCAGUAUAUUCGUAUCUAUCUAUCUAUCUAUCUAUCUAUCUAUCUAUCUAUCUAUCUAUCUAUCUAUCAGUAUAUUAAUAUGUGUCUGUCUAUCAGUAUAUUCAUAUCUAUCUAUCUAUCUAUCUAUCUAUCUAUCAGUAUAUUAAUAUGUGUCUAUCAGUAUAUUCAUAUCUAUCUAUCUAUCUAUCUAUCUAUCUAUCUAUCUAUCUAUCUAUCAGAAUAUUCAUAUCUAUUAUAUUCAUAUCUAUCUAUCUAUCUAUCUAUCUAUCUAUCUAUCUAUCUAUCUAACCGUAUAUUUAUAACUAAAAUUCAUAUCUAUCUAUCUAUCUAUCUAUCUAUCUAUCUAUCAGUAUAUUCACAUCUACCUGUGUAUCUAUCAAGAACACGAAAUAUUAUCUAUCUAUCUAUCUAUCUAUCUAUCUAUCAGUAUGCUAAUAUCUAUCUAUCUAUCUAUCUAUCUAUCUAUCUAUCUAUCUAUCAGUAUGAUAAUAUCUAUCUAUCUAUCUAUCUAUCUAUCAGAAUAUUCAUAUCUAUGUAUCUAAGUUUAUUCUUAUCUUUAUAUCAGCAUAUUCAUAUUUGUCUGUCUGUCUAUCUAUCUAACCGUAUAUUUAUAACUGUCUAUCAAUAUAUUCAUAUCUAUCUAUCUAUCUAUCUAUCUAUCAGUAUGUUAAUAUCUAUCUAUCUAUCUAUCUAUCUAUCUAUCUAUCUAUCUAUCAGUAUGCUAAUAUCUAUCUAUCUAUCAGUAUAUUCAUAUCUAUCUAUCUAUCUAUCUAUCUAUCUAUCUAUCAGAAUACUCAUAUCUAUGAUGUUAAUAUCUAUCUAUCUAUCUAUCUAUCAGUAUGCUAAUAUCUAUCUAUCUAUCUAUCUAUCAGUAUAUUCAUAUCUAUCUAUCUAUCUAUCUAUCUAUCUAUCUAUCUAUCUAUCUAUCUAUCAGAAUACUCAUAUCUAUGUAUCUAAGUUUAUUCUUAUCUUUAUAUCAGCAUAUUCAUAUUUGUCUGUCUGUCUAUCUAUCUAUCUAACCUAUAUUUCUGUUUAUCUGCCUAACUUUCUACCAAUCUAUCUAUCUAUCUAUCUAUCUAUCUAUCUAUCUAUCUAUCUAUCUAUCAUGUGUUUGUUCCUCACUAAAUGUUUUAAGGACUUCUAUUCAAAUAUCUAUCUAUCUAUCUAUCUAUCUAUCUAUCUAUCUAUCUAUCUAUCUAUCUAUCUAUUUCCUCUUACACAUGCGCAUAAACACGCCACGCGAACACACAAAGAGACUUGGGUAAGGUUGCCAGUAGAUGAUGAAACACAGACAACAGGGCCGAUAAUUACAUGCAACUUUAAUAAAUAUCUUUCUUAUAUUCGAUAUUUAUCUCUCUCACACACACUCUCUCUCUACCUAUCUCAGUAUAUUCAUAUCUAUCUAUCUAUCUAUCUAUCUAUCUAUCUAUCUAUCUAUCUAUCUAUCUAUCUAUCUCAGUAUAUUCAUAUCUAUCUAUCUAUCUAUCUAUCUAUCUAUCUAUCUAUCUAUCUAUCUCAGUAUAUUCAUAUCUAUCUAUCUAUCUAUCUAUCUAUCUAUCUAUCUAUCUAUCUAUCUAUCUAUCUAUCAGCCUGUUCAAAUAUAUCCCAGGCUUUAUCUAUCUAUCUAUCUAUCUAUCUAUCUAUCUCAGCCUGUUCAAAUAUAUCCCAGGCUUUACCUAUCUAUCUAUCUAUCUAUCUAUCUAUCUAUCUAUCUAUCUCCUGUUGCAUAGAUGAAGACUUAUAG